AUGGGUGGUACAAUUAUAAACAGCAACGACAAAUCUAAGAUAAAAAAUCAAUUGAAGCUAAACUCGCAUGGUCAGAACUACAAAAUAUUGACUGCAACUAUCGCAAGGGUUUUCUACGCUUAUCCAAACCCAGACAGCUGGAAUUAUACUGGUUUAGCGGGUGCUUUAGCUAUAGUAAAGGGUGAUAGAAGUGUCAGCUUUCAACUAGUCGAUUUGGAGCUCACACCUCAAAAGGGUACGAAAGGCGCUGUAUCUUGGCAACAUGAACUUCCUAAUGAACUUGUAUAUGUUAUGGAUCAAUCAAACUUCCAUUCUUUCAACGGCGAUGAAUGUAUGAUCGGCAUACAGUUCUCAGCUGAAGGAGAAGCCGCAGACUUCUAUAGAAAAGUCAACAAAGUCAGAAAGCAGAAGAAACCAUCAAAGAAAGAGGAAAAAGAGAGAGUCAAGAGGGAAGAAGAUGAGAAGGAGAAAGCAACACAAGCAGAAGCUGCUAACUCAGCGGCGUCUCUACAAGCUCCACCUUCACCAGCUCCUUCAAAGGAUAGCGGCAAGAAAUCCAAGCGUUUCUCCACCCGUUUGUCUCUUGGUUCGUCAUCUGGCAAAGAUAAAGACGGUAAAAUCAACAAAAAUCUCAUCAGUGCACCUAAGUCUGAUUCAUUCAAGCAUGUUGGGCACCUUGGUUUCUCCAGUGAGGGCUUUUCUAUGCGCGGUAUAGAUCCAUCUUGGCAAGCACUGCUUGACCAACUCAACCAAAAGGGCUUCUCACAGAAAGACAUCGAGAAACAUGGUGAUUUCAUUAAAGAAUUUGUUGAGAAUAAAGGUGGACCUGAGCAAUCGCAGCCAAAGAAGAAGGCACCACCUCCGCCAACAACGCGACGAAAGCAGGCACCAGCGAUUGAUGGUACUGUUACAGCAGCUCAGAAGCCUGCACAUGCACCACCGCCACCUCCUAUGGCUGCUCCUCCAGCUCCACCUCCAGUCGCGCCUCCAGCUCCGCCAGCACCUCCAGCACCUCCAGCACCAAGUCCACCAAGGAAUAUACCACCACCGGCUCCUGCCAAAGUGCCAGCACCGCCUGCUCCACCGGCUCCACCAAUACCAACUCCCAAAGCAGCACCACCAGCACCACCAGCCCCACCUGUACCAUCUACAGGUCCACCUGCUCCAACCUCAGCGCCAGUACCUCCAUCAAGGCCAGCUCCGCCUGCUGCGGCUCCUCCUCCUCCUCCAGCUCCUCCUUCAGCUGGCGUUCCACCACCACCACCACCACCACCACCGCCAGUACCAUCAGCAGGAGGUGCUCCUCCACCACCACCGGUACCAUCAGCACCAUCAUCUCCAUUACCACCUGCACAAGAUGGCCGUUCAAACUUGUUAGCAAGUAUACAGGGUAAGGGUGUGCAUAAUUUGAAGAAGACGGACAAUGUAGCAGCAGGUACCGCCGGUGCAGCAGCAGGCGCAGGCGCUGCUGGAGCGUCUAUGGCAACGAGCUCAUCAGAUGACCAACCUGAAGAAUCCUCAAACGAUCUAGCAAGUUCAUUAGCUCAAGCACUUGCUACAAGAAAGGGUAAUAUGGGUGACAGUGAUGAUGAUGAAUCUGAUGAUGAAUGGGACUAACAAUAGACAAUAAUGAUAGAU